ACGACGCUUUUUCUCCAUGGUUUGGUGUGCAUUUCCUCUCUCCUGUCCCCACUUGACACAUCCAUGUCCCAAUCUCCCCCAACCUCAGGUCAACCGCCGCUACCCAAGAUCCAGUCUCCGUUCUCCCUCUCCUCUCGCUUCAUACACACCAGGGCGGCAGCGGCAGCGGCAGGGGCCCGCCAUCACCAACCCACCUCCCUUCAAUUAUAAACCUAUAAAAUAUCAUCAUUGACCCAAGCUGAGGCGACUAGUGGGUAUUGAUUUUUGGUGGGGCAGAUCAAGGAGGGGGGGAGGGGGUUAACUUCCAAGGAACCAGUUCAUUGCUGGUUCUGCUAGCAGGAGGUUGGAUUUCAGAGGCAGAAGCUUUCAGCCAGGCGGGCUCAGGGCGCGGGCACAUCAAUGGCUGGCAAGGAAAUCCUCCACAAGGUGAAGGACAAGGUGAAAGAUGCAUUUAGUUCAUCAGGACCAGAAACAGGGAAAGGCAAGACAAAGUUAUCAGGCAAGCGUGUCAAGCAUGGUUACCAUCUGGUGAAGGGCAAAUCUAAUCAUCCAAUGGAGGAUUAUCUAGUGGCAGAGUACCGGCAAGUUGGUGAACAUGAUUUGGGAUUGUUUGCUAUAUUCGAUGGUCACCUGGGCCACACUGUUCCAGACUUUUUGAGCUCCCAUCUUUUCAAUAACAUCUUGAGUGAGCCAGAAUUCUUGAGUGAUCCAGAAACUGCUAUCCGAAACGCAUACCAACUUACGGAUCAGAAGAUAUUGGAAAACGCAGCAGAGUUGGGAAGAGGUGGCUCCACAGCUGUUACUGCCAUCUUAAUAGGAAGUGACAAGUUCGUGAAACUAGUUGUUGCAAAUGUUGGGGAUUCACGGGCAGUUAUUAGCAAGAACGGUGUAGCGAAGCAGCUUUCAGUUGACCAUGAACCAAACAUGGAGCGACAAACGAUCGAGCAGAAGGGUGGCUUUGUAUCAAACCUACCGGGUGAUGUGCCACGUGUUGAUGGGCAGCUGGCAGUUGCAAGGGCAUUUGGAGACCGGAGCUUGAAGAAGCACCUCAGCUCUGAUCCAUAUGUGGUCGAGCAAACUAUCGAUGAAAAUACUGAGUUUUUAAUUCUAGCAAGUGAUGGCUUGUGGAAGGUGAUGUCCAACCAGGAGGCUGUCGACGAGAUCAAGGAUUGCAAGGACGCGCAGGCAGCUGCCAAGCACCUGACGGAGCAGGCCGUGAAUCGGAAGAGCAAAGACGACAUUUCAGUUAUCGUAGUCAAGUUCAUGUGCUAGCACAUCGUCAGGUUAAAUGGUCUCCCGAUUGUAUACCGUGUUAAAUUAUCUUUUAAGUCUUGUGCUCGCUGGUGUCGGACAUUUUGUUUACCUUCUUUGGUUUUGGGACCCCACAAAGAGGGUCAAGGCUUGUAACAUAUUGUUGUUUGUUUAAGGCUCCAAAUAAAGCAUGGUACCACCAUAGUAA